AUGGAGGCAGUAGCAUUCAACUUCAUCUCUUUUGUUCUCUUUCUUUCUUUUAUCAUUCUAAUUCACGCACAAUGGAAGAAUAAGUCAAAAACCAGUGGGAAAUUGCCGCCGGGCCCGUGGAAGUUGCCGAUCAUCGGAAACUUGCACCAGUUGUCAAAUUCGGUACUGCCCACCCACCGCGUUCUUGGAGAGUUGGCAAAGAAAUACGGGUGCUCUCAGGGCAUCAUGCGCCUUCAAAUCGGAGAAAUUUCUGCUGUGGUCGUGUCGUCGCCGGCAAUGGCGAAAGAAUUCCUAAAAACUCACGACCUCGCUUUUGCCACCAAGCCGGAGCUGGUUACCAACAAAAUAAUCUUCUACAAUUGUUCCGACAUUGCGUUUUGUCCGUACGGUGAUUACUGGAGACAAAUGCGGAAGAUAUGCGUGAUGGAGCUCCUCAACGGCAAAAAUGUCCGCUCCUUCAGCUCCAUCAGGCACGAUGAAAUUCAUAGUCUAUUGGCUUAUGUUCGUUCCACUUCCGGCCAUGGCCAGCUCGUCAAUUUCCCGGAGAGAAUGUUCUUACUCAUGACCUCCAUUAUAUGUAAAUCCGCAUUCGGCAAGGUGUUCACCGGGAGAGAAGAGUUCAUGGAGCAACUUAAGGAAAUGUCGGAAUUGUUGGGCAGCUUUGAUUUUGCCGAUGUGUUUCCAUCCUGGAGGGUUCUUCACGGCCUCUGCGGCGGAAACAAGAAUAGGAUCAUCAAAGCUCACCGCAAAGUAGACGCAAUCAUCGAAAACAUCAUAAAAGAGCACAGAGAGAAGUUGGAAAAUGGCCGUGAUGAGUCAGGAGGUGAUUGUUUAAUUGAUGCCCUCAUAAGACAGAUGGAUAGCGGUGACCUUCGAGUUCCCAUCUCUCACGACAACAUCAAAGCCAUAAUCAUCGAUAUGUUUGCAGGAGGGAGUGAGACAUCAACAGCAACAACAGUGUGGGCAAUGUCGGAAAUGAUGAAGAAUCCGAGGGUGAUGGCAAAAGCACAAACAGAGGUGAGAGAAGUGUUUAAAGGGAAAGAAACGUUGGAUGAGAAAGACAUUAUGGAACAACUACCAUAUUUGAAGCUAGUGGUGAAAGAAACAUUGAGGUGCCAUCCCCCAUUUCCUGUGUUUUCUCCAAGGGAGUGCAGGGAGGAAAGCAUUGUGAAUGGUUACACCAUACCGCUAAAAACAAAAGUAAUGAUUAACGCUUGGGCAAUAGGGAGGGAUCCUGAGUACUGGAAAGAUCCAGACAGCUUUAUACCCGAAAGAUUUGAGGAGAGUUCAAUUGAUUUCACUGGAAAUCACUUCCAAUAUUUGCCGUUUGGUGCUGGAAGGAGAAUGUGUCCAGGACAUGCAUUUGGUUUUGCCAAUUCCAUGUCUCCUUUAGCGCACUUGCUAUUCCACUUUGAUUGGAAGCUCCCUAAUGGAGUUACUGUUGAUUCUUUUGACAUGACGGAGAAACCAGGAUUAUCUGUGGGAAGAAACACUGAUCUUUGCUUGAUUGCAACACCUCAUAUUGCUUAA